AUGGAUGUGGAUACUCCUAACAUACUAAAAAGGUGCAGUAGUGCACCUCUUAUCAAUGAAGCGGCGUCUACAGCAGCCACAUCGCCUACGACCAACACGGCGCCCAGAAGCACAACGUUUUUCGGAAUGUUCACCAACAACAGUCUUCCACGCACUCGCAGCAACAGUAUCAGCUGCAGUCCCCUGUCGGCGGCCGUCAAUAUACCUGCUAGCCUCCAAAGCACUUGUGGUCGCAGACUGACGCCUCGGGUUAACCAGCUAAGAGCAGAAGAGUGUGCGGAUGUCAGCAACACGAGGGAGGUCGCGCACGAGAGGGAAGUGCACACUGCAAUGCAAAUGGGUCAGUCGUACGAGGACCUGACGAUAGUCGGCCUGGCCAACUCACCCACGAGGGUGCCUAGGUUUUCGCCUGUAGUGUCACCAUCACCCACACGGAAAUUCACAACUCGGCGGAGUUUAUCUCCAAUCGCCCUACGAGCGUCCUCCUUCAGUCCGGUUAGACCCAACGUGUUAGUGGGCAAGCGACGGUGCGACGACGGGGAUUCCUCUAUAUCAAAACGUAUGUGCACAGACAGACUUACACCUUCUACCCCCGGAACACCAGACUCUGAUUCUCUAGAAUGCACCUUCAGACCAGUUUCUCCGAGAGCCCAACCAAUGAAUGAGUCUCCGCAUGAGUCUCAAGACAUACAAGAAAACAACAAAUCACCAAGCCCCAGC